CUAAACCGCAUGCCAGAUCCCGCUAACCCAUUGAUAAGCAAUUGGAGCUACAUCGUCGCGCUGCCACCAUUCUCGUCGGGGCAGCCACCUCGCUCGCCGUUUCCAAGGGCUUAUUUAUCUGCGAGAGGGAGAUGCGUGACGCCACGACAGGGAACGUUGCCAAGGCUCCGUUUCGCGCAACCGCAUGCAUAUACACAGUCGGCAACAGCGCUGCUUGGAGCGCGCGUACCUUCCCAUGACUUCCGCGGCGAAAGCCGAGGUUCCUGCCGACCAGCUGUGCGGCGUGGGGUCUUUCCGCCCUCGAUGUUUGCAAGCAUUCGCCAAGGCCAAGUGCUUCACCCUUCUGUACGGCGUCCUGCUCAUUUUCCAGAAUGCCCAGUUCUACUACUUCUUUGGCAUCAUGUCCACGCUCCAGCGUCGAUAUGGACUGUCAAGUUGGUUCAUAGCUGUGAUACUGUUCGCCGUCAGUGUUAGCCCGUUCUUUGUUAGUUUCGCUGUAGGCCAUUAUUCCAGGAGGGUGUCGAAACCCGUGCUUCUCUUUUGGAGCAUCGUCUGUCUCGUGGUGAGCUGCUGCACCAGCGCCGUGCCGUACCUGCUCUACGGACCUGGUGUUGGUCUUCUCGCAUCGGAUGCCGUGUUUCCCGCGCUGGACGUGUGUCCUGCGGGACGGGACAGCGGGUGUGACAGCAGUUCCUUAGAGCAGCACGUGACUGCUGCCGCGUUAUUUGUGGCCAAUUGCUUCUACGGUGCUGCAUACAGUGUGCUCUAUGUCGCUGGAAGCACAUACGUCGAUGAUAGCGUGAAAAAGAAGAAUUCCCCGUUGCACUUCGCUUUUAUGGCGAUCCUGAAGCUCUUGGGACCAACGCUUGGUUACUCUUUGGCUUCCGUCUGCCUUCGCUAUUACGAAGAUCCCAGAUAUGACCCCGGAAUCGAGCCCACAGAUCCCCGCUGGGUGGGAGCCUGGUGGUUGGGAUACGUCCUACUGGCAAUCAUGCUUUCCACCCUUGCUCUACCUAUACUGCUGUUUCCGAAGCAUCUGUCUUCGUCAACCAGUGCCAAAGUGGAAGAUAGUGAAGGAGUGCCGCCGAACAAUAGGCGGAAAAGUGACGGCUUCUUUGUGAGCUUGAAACGUCUAUUCCGAAAUAGGUUAUACACAAUGAGGCUUAUCUACUGGCUGCUAGUCUCGAAUGUCACGUUGGGUCAUGGCAUGAUGAGUGCCAAGUACAUGGAAGUUCAGUAUCAGACUUCGGCUUCCAAAGCCAGCUUCCUCAGUGGGCCCGUGCUCCUGCUGACCAACGCCUUAGGUUUAGGCGCUGGUGGAAUGGCACUGCAUAUCUUUCGACCCAAACCGCGUCUCGUUGCCUCGUACACCACAUUCUGUGAUAUCAUGAAGUUAUGCUGCUACAUGGCCUGCAUGUUCAUCGGAUGUCAAGGGAUAAAGCUCAUCGGCACCACGUCUGUAGGCAGUAAGCUUGCGUUAGAUGCGCCGUGCAAUUCGCACUGCAACUGUACCACGGCCCUCUUCCAGCCAGUCUGUGUUCCAGAAGUUAAUGGAGUCUUUUUCUCGCCAUGCUACGCCGGAUGCCAUGUCAACUUCACGGAUGGUGCCCCUGGACUAGGCGACUGUUCGUGCUUGUCCAACAGUUCCACUGCCACCACUACAGCACCAAUGGAACCGCAGUCCUACCUUGGGUUCUGCGAUGAGUCAUGUGAAAACAUUGUCAUCUUCGUGGCCCUAAUGUUGCUGGUCGGGUUUAUCACGAGGACUACCACUGUAGCGCAUACGAUAUUGGGACUCAGGGUUGUGGACAAAGAAGAGAAGUCCAUGGCUUUGGGCGUUCAAGAAGGUCUAUCGAGCAUCUUCACUUACGUACCGUACCCCAUUUUGUACGGCGCCGUAUUCGAUGCGUCCUGUGUCUUGUGGCAGGACAAGUGCGGCAGUCCUGGCACGUGCUGGAUCUACGACGCGGACAAGCUGCGCUACUACUACCACGGCGCCUCGGUCGCCAUCUUGUUCCUGGCCGUCGUCUUUGAAAUACUCGUGGCGUACUAUAGUGGACGCUUGAGAGGGUUCUACGCUGACGUAACCGAGCAGAAGACUUCACCAGCGGUACCUGAGGAGCUUUCCUGUGUCCAAGCAGAUGAGAAGCUUGUGGUGUCGGGUAAUGGCAACGUGCACUCUUGAGACCUUGUGCAAGUCAUCAUGGAACAGGGCACUUCAUGAAGGGUCUUAAUGGGGGACUCCGCAGCAAAGUCAUCCUAGUAUGGGCUUCCCAGUUGGUAUUGAAACCAUUGUGAAAUCUUUCUGUUCAACCCGUAAAGCCAAGAAUGCGACCAGGAGCUACUGCAACAACAAGAUACGUCAACCAGGAAUACUCGCGGUGCCAAGCGGAAUUUGUUUUCGAAGCACACUACUUUCAUCAGGAGUUCCCCUAAUGUGUGGUCCUUGUCAGUGUGGAAUACGUGCUGUGUGUCUGGCUUAGCAAUCAAGUAACGAUAUCAUUACAUUUUUCAGUGCCAUAACUGCUUUGUCAAACCCCUGGUACCGGGGUUCCCCACCGUACACGCACUGAGAAGUAAAUAAGCUUCAAAUCGAAUGACUAUGCGGCUGCGGAGGCAACAGGGGGAACACCUGCCAUUUUUUCCCCUUCAGUUUCCUUCAGAAAGAGCGCAUGCAGUACAGGAAAGCUGCUGUCCUUUCGUUGCCGGAGCAACAGGUGCCGUACUCCACGCCGUCGGUCAUCGGUCCGAUCUCCUGCGUGACUGCACAUUAACCAUGUGUUCCGCUAGCAUUUACGCUUGUACAUCACGUGCACUUUCAGUGCCAGCAAGUCAUGUUAGUAAAUUAUUUUCUCGGGUCACCAGUGGCGUCACUAGGGGUGUCUGGGGGGGUGCGGUCCGCACCGGGUGAAGCGACGGGAGGGCUGACGCGCCGCACCAAUACUGCAGUUUCCUCCCGUUCUCCGUGGCACGAUGACGCAAAAAACAACAUAAGGAGCUUUCUGCGAGGCACUUUUUUUUUUUCCUGAGUGUGGUGUAAUAUGUUUAUUUAUCGCGAAUAGCCUGGUACGGAAAGGUAUCCGUUAAUGGGGGAAUGGGGUGGGGUGGGGGGUGACGCAAAGAGCUCCCGCACCGGGUGACGCGUACCCUAGCGACGCCACAGGGUCAGCCGACAUUUCUUCUACGCUAAAGUCUUCAUGUGUGAUGAAAUAAGAUAUAUAUUUCGUCCUACAGGCAAUUCAUCACUGUUGGCACAGCCAACACAGGGUGCAACUCAUUCACAUCAGGUGCCUUUUGUCUAGCUCAAAGAUAAAUAAAAAGCUAGAAAUUCCUCUA